GAAAAGGCUAGAGAAACACCAGGUCUCUGUCCGUCGUGCCUGGUGCAGUGCUUUAUGCACCGCAGGCCUCAGUCACUGUUGCUGCCGGAGUGUUCUUUGGGAGAAGGGAAGGGAAGGGAAGGGCAGGGGUUGGAGAAAAGGGAAUCCUUGCGGGAAACAUAGUGGGAGUGUGUUCAGGGAGAACGGCCAGAGGGAAAGAUGCCGGAUAGGUGGAGGAAUGCAGAGGGUGCCCGUGGAGGAGUAUCCAGGAGUCCGGAGGGUGUUCAUUGUGCAGAUACAUUAGGUAUUUCGUUAUGGAAAGAACUGAAGCGUUUCUAAGGAAAGGAAAGAACGGAUACAAGGAGUUUCCGCGAAUAGAAAGGAUAGCGUUCGAAGCCAGAGGAAGUGCUAAAUACUAGAGACUAUGAAGAGAAUGCAUGAUAGAAUAGACAGAUGUAGUAGAAUUAAUAAAUGUUGGCCCAAGGACUAAAGAGUUAUUCCAGAUGGGCCGGGAUGGCCUAGUUCUGAACCUGUUUGGGCUCUUCUGUAGAUGACAUCUGGAUAGAGGGGAGGAAUCGGGAGCUUGGAAAUUCAGCCAAGUGAUCUGGUGGGAUGGGCAUUUGCCUGACAUACUAUAUAGAGGACUUGGAUGGCAUAAGUGAUUAAGGUGGUGUGGAGGGUAUUUGAAGCUUACGAAAGGUAGAAACUCAGCCAUGAUUUCUUUUUCAACUCUACAGCAUUCCCUUCCUUGAAGUCUUCAUUUUUAUCUUAGUCUCAGGCAGUUAUACUUAAGCAUGAACAUUGACGACAAACUGGAAGGAUUAUUUCUUAAAUGUGGCGGCAUAGACGAAAUGCAGUCUUCCAGGGCAAUGGUUGUAAUGGGUGGAGUGUCUGGCCAGUCUACCGUGUCUGGGGAACUGCAGGAGUCGGUACUUCAAGAUCGGAGUAUGCCUCACCAGGAGAUCCUUGCUGCAGAUGAAGUGUUACAAGAAAGUGAAAUGAGACAACAGGAUAUGAUAUCACAUGAUGAACUCAUGGUCCAUGAGGAGACAGUGAAAAAUGAUGAAGAGCAGAUGGAAACACAUGAAAGACUUCCUCAAGGACUACAGUAUGCACUUAAUGUCCCUAUAAGUGUAAAGCAGGAAAUUACUUUUACUGAUGUGUCUGAGCAACUGAUGAGAGACAAAAAGCAAAUCAGAGAGCCAGUAGACUUACAGAAAAAGAAGAAACGGAAACAACGUUCUCCUGCAAAAAUCCUUACAAUAAAUGAGGAUGGAUCACUUGGUUUGAAAACCCCUAAAUCUCACGUUUGUGAGCACUGCAAUGCUGCCUUUAGAACGAACUAUCACUUACAGAGACAUGUGUUCAUUCAUACAGGUGAAAAACCAUUUCAAUGUAGUCAAUGUGACAUGCGUUUCAUACAGAAGUACCUGCUACAGAGACAUGAGAAGAUUCAUACUGGUGAAAAACCAUUUCGCUGUGAUGAAUGUGGUAUGAGAUUCAUACAAAAAUAUCACAUGGAAAGGCAUAAGAGAACUCAUAGUGGAGAAAAACCUUACCAGUGUGAAUACUGUUUACAGUAUUUUUCCAGAACAGAUCGUGUAUUGAAACAUAAACGUAUGUGCCAUGAAAAUCAUGACAAAAAGCUAAACAGAUGUGCCAUCAAAGGUGGCCUUCUGACAUCUGAGGAAGAUUCUGGCUUUUCUACAUCACCAAAAGAUAACUCACUGCCAAAAAAGAAAAGGCAGAAGACUGAGAAAAAAUCAUCUGGGAUGGACAAAGAAAGUGCUUUGGACAAAUCUGACCUGAAGAAAGACAAAAAUGAUUACCUGCCCCUUUAUUCUUCAAGUACUAAAGUAAAAGAUGAGUAUAUGGUAGCAGAGUAUGCUGUUGAAAUGCCACAUUCUUCAGUUGGGGGAUCGCAUUUAGAAGAUGCAUCAGGAGAAAUACAUCCACCUAAGUUGGUUCUCAAAAAAAUUAAUAGUAAGAGAAGUCUGAAGCAGCCAUUGGAGCAGAAUCAAACAAUUUCUCCCUUAUCCACAUACGAAGAGAGCAAAGUUUCAAAGUAUGCUUUUGAACUUGUGGAUAAACAAGCUUUACUGGACUCAGAGGGCAAUGCUGAUAUUGAUCAGGUCGAUAAUUUGCAGGAGGGGCCCAGUAAACCUGUGCACAGUAGUACUAAUUAUGAUGAUGCCAUGCAGUUUUUGAAGAAGAAACGAUACCUUCAAGCAGCAAGUAACAAUAGUAGGGAGUAUGCGCUGAAUGUGGGCACCAUAGCUUCUCAGCCUUCUGUAACACAAGCAGCUGUGGCAAGUGUCAUUGAUGAAAGUACUACGGCAUCCAUAUUAGAUUCACAGGCACUGAAUGUGGAGAUUAAGAGUAACCAUGACAAAAAUGUUAUUCCAGAUGAGGUACUGCAGACUCUCUUGGAUCAUUACUCUCAUAAAGCUAAUGGACAGCAUGAGAUAUCAUUCAGUGUUGCAGACACUGAGGUGACUUCUAGCAUAUCAAUAAAUUCUUCAGAAGUACCUGAGGUCACCCAGGCAGAGAAUGUUGGAUCAAGCUCCCAAGCAUCCUCAUCAGAUAAAGCCAACAUGUUGCAGGAAUACUCAAAGUUUCUGCAGCAGGCUUUGGACAGAACUAGCCAAAAUGAUGCCUAUUUGAAUAGCCCGAGCCUUAACUUUGUGACUGAUAACCAGACCCUUCCAAAUCAGCCAGCAUUCUCUUCCAUAGACAAGCAAGUCUAUGCAGCCAUGCCCAUCAAUAGCUUUCGAUCAGGAAUGAAUUCUCCACUAAGAACAACUCCAGAUAAGUCCCACUUUGGACUAAUAGUUGGUGAUUCACAGCACUCAUUUCCCUUUUCAGGUGAUGAGACAAACCAUGCUUCUGCCACAUCAACACAGGACUUUUUGGAUCAAGUGACUUCUCAGAAAAAAGCUGAGGCUCAGCCUGUCCACCAAGCUUACCAAAUGAGCUCCUUUGAACAGCCCUUCCGCGCUCCAUAUCAUGGAUCAAGAGCUGGAAUAGCUACUCAGUUUAGCACUGCCAAUGGACAGGUGAACCUUCGGGGACCAGGGACAAGUGCUGAAUUUCCAGAAUUUCCCUUGGUGAAUGUAAAUGAUAAUAGAGCUGGGAUGACAUCUUCACCUGAUGCUACAACUGGCCAGACCUUUGGCUAAAAAAAAGUGUAAAUAAUACUGGCACUUUAGAACAGAUUAAUCAAGAGUGGGGUUACUCUGUGUAAAUGGAGUGCUGUACAGAUUUAAGAGCAAUGCGUUAUAACAAGUUAAGCUGAUAUGAAUAGCAAGAUAAUCCAAUAACUGCAUUUUGUUUGGUUAGUCAGCAUUCUUUGAACUGCCUUACAUGUUGUCACCUUUAUAGAAGCAAUGCAUUACUUGUUUUAGAACAGAAACUUGCUAUUCCACCUACACCGAGUUUAAAAGGAAAAAAAAAGACUUUCGCACAAUUGUUUCCUAAUUGAUAACAUUGUACAUUCUUAGGAGAUUAGUAAUUGUGUGAAAUUUACUCAUACUGUUUCUAAGUUUUUCAGCAUAGUCAUUGCACUUCAGCAGGGAAUCUGAGUAUACUUUACAGACAGAGUGAACUUCAGAGUUUAAAUGUCAAGAGAUUAUGGCUUAAAUAAAUUAGUGUGUCCUAUAGGAGGAAAAAAAGAAACCAAGAAACCACCGUUUAAAAAGAAUGAUAUGCCAUAUACCCUUGAUUUUCAUUUUGCAUUAUAUUGACAUGUUUUUUUUUUUUGAGAAAAGAAAGUAAUAAAAAUCUGAUAGUCUAAGACUCCACUAUUUAAAAGCCUAAUUACUUUUAAAAUAUGCAUACUUUCAAAACUUUUACCAAAAUACGUAACUGUUGAAGCAUUCACUUCUCAAUGGAAGUAUGCAUAUUGGUGUCAGUUUCUUUGUACAGUUGUACUUAGAUAUUUUUUAUGAUUUUUCAUGUGCAGGUAUCAAGGUUUUGAAGUUUUAGUAAAAAGAUAUUCUGUAGAUUACAUUCCCAAGAACAUAAUGCUUACACAAAAUGUAUAUUCCACGUUUUAAAGCUUAAUUGUAUUUUACUUUACAUAUACACUUCAGUUAACAUAGAGCACUUAGAAUCUAUUUGGUAUUUUUGAUUUCUCAAAGUAAAAAAAAAAUUAGAUUUUUAGGUUUGAUAUGGUUGUGUCAUAAUCAUCUCAUAAUUGACAAUUUUAAUUUUUGGCAAUAAAAGGAAAUUGGAUAUCUUUGGAACUGUAAAACCUGGUUUAAUCCUUCUCUUUCUAGAAUCUUGAUAGAUUGGAUAAUUAAACAGUAUCCAGAGAAACUAAAGAAAUGGGCAUUUUAAUUGCUUAUUUUAUCUUGAAUUACUUUUUAAUGAACACUGCUCAUUACAAUUUUACAAACCAAAAGUGUUUACUAAUUCUAGUAACUACAAUUUCUUUUUCAGCUAGAUGAGUGAUCGGAAACUUUUUGUUGCAUUUCAAAAUCUAAAUAAACUACAGACUUUAUCCUUAUACCACGAAUGUUUUUUUUUUUUAAUAUAUAUAUAUAUAUAUAUAUACUUUGUCUUAAAAUAAUACAGCAUGGUACCAUAAAUAGUGCUUUUAUAUAUACACAUAUGUAUACUUUUCUAAAGAAUGAUGGUUUUGAGUUACACAUUGGACAGUUUUAAUUUUUGGAAAAUAACAUUACUUCUAUUGAUUUUAUUAUCCUCUUUAAUUUGUUCCAACUUUUUUGCUUAUUUUAAUUUCCACCAUCUUUGUCACAAUGCACAUACUGAUGUAGCACCAGUGAUACUCUAAAAUUAAUAUUCUUGGAAGGUGAAACUUUAUUGUUGCUAAUUUCCACUUUAACUUUUAUAUUGGCCCUAUAAAUCUGCAGUCUUUGUUUCAGUAUAGAAUGUUACACAUUUAAAUUAUUGUUUCUUUUAUUUAAUGUUAUCCCAAGACUGUUCUCAUAAAGGGAACAAAGAAAAUAUCAACCCUUAACAUCUUUUACUUUUAUUUUGAAUAUUUUGGUGUUUUAUGAUAAUGAAUAUAAAUUAUGUUUAAUGUGGUUUCCUCUGUACGUUGGUUAUUAAGCUUUGCUUGAAAUAUUAAUUUUCCUAUUUGACAGCUUUCUUUGCUGCCAAACUUUUCAAGAAUUUUAGACUUCUCUGAGGUAGAUGUUUAAGUUCUGCCAUUACUGACUUUGAAGAAUAGUGUGUGUUGUGUUAUACAUCAUGCAAUUGCAAGAAGGCUCUAUUCAGGUGAGAUGUGAAAAAUGGAACUGUGCUCACGCUAUAUAGGUGUUUAUAUUUUUAUCAUACUGUUAUUUGAUAAUAGGCAUUUAUUUCCUGUGUUGAUUUCUUUUUCUUUUUUCUUUUUUUCUUUUUCUUUCUCUCUCUCUCUCUCUCUCUCUCUCUCUCUCUCUCUCUCUUUCUCUUUCCUUUUCCCUUUUUCCUUUUUUCUUUUUCUUUUUUUGAGCCUGGUCAAAAAUUUUGUUCUUCAACAACUUGUUCAGUCCUGGCAUAGUGUACAGUUUUUGUUUGCUUUAAUAUCACCAGCAGUUUUUUUAGAGUGUGACUCUACUGCUGAGCAGUUAGGGUAAGCCAAGGAAGGCAGGCCUUUGAAAAUGGUAGUUACAUAAGCAAAAUUUCAGGUGUUGCAUUCCUGUCUUCGGCACAUUUCUUUAAAUAUACAUAAUGGCAGACUUUUCUACCACAUUGUAAACAUUUGAUACUUUGACAUAAGUUAUUGACGUACCAUUUGAGUAUAGUAGUUGUGGCUCUCUUACUGUGAAAUUCUAAAUGCCUACCAGAAUUACCAUGUAUUAUCAUCAUAGGAUAAACAUCUCAACAGUUUGGGUUUCCCCACUUUGCUUUAGAAAGUUACUUAAUUUGUAUCUGGGCAUUAAUAGUAAAAAGUAAGUAGCCUUUAUGUGCUGCUGUAGAUCAGAAUAUUGAGGAUAUGAGAUAAUCCUUCUGCAAUUUGUGUUUUUCAUUUCAGUUAGCAAAGUGUUCCAUUAAAACAUGCUCUUAUACCAUUAAACUUUUGGUCAAUGUGAGUGAGGUAUGCUUUUGCACUUAGGACCUACUCUCCUGUUUGAAGAUUGGAAGCAGAUCAGGUUAGAUGAGGUAAUCUCUGUUGAGCAUCUUGUAAAGCUUUUUUUUUUUUUUUUUGACUUCUUAUUGUACACAUAUUCAUUUGGUUCAGAAUAUUUGAGUGGCUCUUAAAUCUUUAGAUGUACUUGCAGAUUUUCUGUUUGAUACCAUACAAAUCCAUCCUUUUAGCUCUGGCUGAGGACUGUCAGUGGUCGGGUAAUUUUCCCUUUCUGACAGGCAAAAGAGGUCUUGUGCUCAGGGUAGGCUUUCAUUACCACAGGGGAGAGAAACUUGCAAAGUGCCAGCUAGGUUAGAUCUUUUGCCACUUCUUUCAUUUUAUCAAUUUGGGUUUUUAAAGGGCUGUUUAAAAAAAAAAGCCGGGAAACUUUAAAAGUAGGCAUUACUGUAGUAUCGCAUUUCUUAGACAUACAACAUCUUAAACUAGAACUUGUUUUUUCACAGUAUAAUUACUUGAAGAAGCACUAUUAUAAUCAAUGAGAAACUUUUUGACACUGCAAUUUAAUUUAAACUUUUUCCGUUUCAAAUUGCUUUAUUUCAGGGAAAUAAUUUUCCAGUUGUUUUGCUAUAUUCUGCAAAUAAAACCGUGUUUCCUUUUUUCACUUAAACGUUGGUAGGAAACAAACUAAAGCAGACAAACAUUUCUUGUUGUGUUUGUUGCUUUCUUGAAUCCAAUGGAUAAAAAAGUAAAACCCUGUAAACAUUAUUUUAUUUUUUUAUGCAAUACCAUGCUGUAAAUACGGUUCAUCAAAUAAGGAUGUACCUAUGAUUGAAUCUUUAAUUCUGCACAGUUAGAGUUUAUAUAUAAACGUGUCUUGACAAUCAAGGACUUUUAUGUGAGUCUUCCUUUAUGAUGUUUAUUAAUGUUAUGCAUUCCAUUUGUUUUGAAGUGAGUACCAAUGUGCUAAUUUGUAUUGUCUGAAAGUAUGUAAUGUUUUUACAGCUUGUUUUUAAGAAUCUGUAAAUAUGUACAAACAAAUCACAGUACUGCUUUAUGUUAGAAGGCAUAUGAUGUUGUACUGUACGUAAGCAAUAAUACAUAGCAGUGCUAACUGUACAAGUAGCAUCAGGAAAGUUCUAAAAACAUUUCAGAGUUAUUCUCCUUAUUUCAUUUAAUAAUGAUUAUCUUUAAUCAGUUUUUAUAAGUAAAUUCCAUUGUUCCUCCUACUGGAACAUAACACUGUUUACACAGCAUAAUUGAAGUUGCAGGGGAGACAGGCUAAAUCUGACUUCAUCUGUACUCACUUUCACUAAGCAUUGAAUGGCCUUACCACUCUUCUGCAAGAUGGAGGAAGACCGCAAAACUUAGUGCCCAUCACACUGAAGGAAGGGGGUGUGGUUUUUUGUUUGUUUGUUUUUUGUUUUUUUUUCCUGCUUCUGUACUGCUACCUAACUUUGUGGUUUGCUUUGGAUUUAAUAUUUGUUUCUGUUUUAGAUUCAAGCCCAUAAGUUUUGAGGUGACUUCAGCUCCAUUGUGACAUAGUUCUCUUCAUAUUUCAUAGCUACAUUUCAGUAAUUCUAAACUUUCUACUUUGAUUUUUAGAUAUGUAUUUUUCAAGCUUGAUUUCUCAGCUGAACAGAUGAAUUUAUUCAACUUCAAUACAAAGAAAGACAAACCUAUUGUAGUUUGAAUUGAGUAGAUAUUAUACUGUACAGAACAGCUAACUAUUUGAACACACACAUCACUGCUUUAGAAAUAAAACCGCCAAUUUAUAAAUGUAUAUGACCUACAUUUUAUAGGAGAAAUGUUUUUAAAUGCUAGUCAUUUAUAUAAUGUGCUUUGAAGGAUUUGCUAGUCCACUUCUGUCACUUUUUAGUACACUGGUAUCUUUUAUAUGUAAUGUAUGCUUUUUAUUAUUGUAGCAAAGCAUUUCAGUAGAAUGAAUUUUGCAACAAUAUGGGGGGAAUUUUUCAUUGUUGGAUUUGAAUUAUACUGGAUUUUAUCUGUGUAGUCUUGUCUUUAUUUUAAUGCUGUCUGGAAGGGAACUUGGUAUCCAAAUAAAGCAGGUAACCUCAUUUUACUUCAAGGGCAUACUGUGUAGUGCUGAAUUUAAUCUGGAAAUCUGACGAUUUUGAAAAGAAAAACACAUUUAUAAAAAUUGUACAGAAGAAAUUAAAUGUGUGAUGGAAAUCCUGAUGGUGGAGCACGUUGAAUUUUCUGAUAUAUAGUGUUAUUUUCCUGGGAUCCCCUAUGCCUUCUUUGUAUUUCAACUAAUAAAGGAAAAACCCUGUCAUUAAAACUGGUAGGAUAAUAGGAUAUUCUGAUUAUACAGUAUUACUUUUCCUAUCCCGUUUUCUGACCCUUUCUCAAUCACUGUAAAUUUUUAUUUUCUAUUUCCUAUUCCUAAUUAAACCUGUACAUAUUAUAGA